CAUGCAUGUCUGCUUGUGACCAAACAAUAUGUUUAUUUAUGUUUGCAUAUGGUAUAGUUUAUAUACAUUUACACAAAUUUCCAAAAAUCCCUGUUAAAUUUCUAAUUUGGAAUAUUUAAAAAUUCCCCAGAUUAAGUUCUCAUGGACAAUUUCGGGAAAUUUACCAGGAACUUUCCGCACCUUAAUGAACCUAUUUGAAAUUUUGAAAAGAUUUUUGUCAAUGAUUUUUUCAGUAAUUUAAAUAUAUUUUCUCUAUUGUUUUCUCUGGCCAUAUCAUUUCAUUGCUGAGCUGACUUUGUGCCGCCAGUACAGACAUGUUUCACAUUUAGCUAUAAUUCAUGUACAAGUAUUAUGUUAAGUUUAGGUCAUGUUUUCAGUCAUCUGUAUUUUUAUCUGUUGCUUUUGAAGAUUAAAUGUUUUAAUGUCUCUUCUUUCAUCUCUAUUUCACACCUAUAGAGUGAAAGUGAUUGAGACCUUCAGUGAAGCUCCUCCUACAACAAUCCACCAAUAAAUGCUGGAGUCAAACACACAGAGAAAUCACUCCAUGUGUGACAACUGAAAUCUUCAUGACAUAAUGUUGAUGCUGGUGAAAGAGGAGCUUGAGAAGAUGACAGAUCCACAACCAUGCAGAAUAAAGGAUGAAGAUACUGAGGAACAAAUAGAUAAUAUGGAAAUGAAAGAGGAGAGUCAAGCUGAAGUGGAUGAGAAACAUCAGAUUGUAAAAAUAAACCAUAAUGUUUCACAGAAAGAAACUCUGAAGACAGAAGACAUAAAGUGUGAAAAUAUUUUCAGAGAAGAUGAACGCCCUGCAGAUCACAAGAGGACUCACAGUGAGGAGAAACCUUUCACAUGUCAACAGUGUGGAAAGAGUUUCACUUUUCAAUCGAACCUUAGCCGGCACAAGAAAAUUCAUAGUGGGGAAAAGCCACACGCGUGCCAGCAUUGUGACAAGAGUUUCUCAGAUAGAAGUCAACUUAAGAUACACAUGAGGUCUCACACAGGAGAGAAACCAUUUACAUGUCAUCUGUGUGGAAAGAGUUUCAGAACAAAUCCUAACCUUAAAGGACACAUUAGGAUUCACACUGGAGAGAAACGACACGUGUGCCAUCAGUGUGGAAAGAGUUUUAUAACUGCAGGUGAACUUAAGCAACACAUGAGGUCUCACACUGAAGAGAAACCUUACAUUUGUCAUCUGUGUGGAAAGAGUUUCAGAACAAAAGCAAGCCUUAACAUACAUAUGAGGAUUCACACUGGACAGAAACCAUUUACGUGCCAUCAGUGUGGAAAGAGUUUCAGAAGAAAACAUCACCUUAAAGAACACAUGAGGAUUCACAACGGAGAAAAACCAUUCAAGUGCCAUCAGUGUGGAAAGAGUUUCACCUUUCAAACAAGCCUUACCCGGCACAUGAAAGCUCACAGGAGGGAAAAGCCACACGCGUGCCAUCACUGUGACAAGAGUUUCCCAUUUACAGGUGACCUUAAGAUACACAUGAUGAUUCACACUGGAGAGAAACCACAUGUGUGCCAACACUGUGGAAAGAGUUUUGCAACUACAGGUUUCCUUAACAGACAUUUGAAAGUUCACACCAGAGAGAAACCUUACACUUGUCAUCAAUGUGGAAAGAGUUUCUCUAUUGAAAGUAAUCUUAAGGUACACGCAAGAAUUCACACUGGAGAGAAACCGUUCACAUGCCAUGAGUGUAAAAAGAGUUUCAAAACAAAAGCUACCCUUACCACACACAUGAGAAUCCACACUCAAUAGAAACCAUUCAUGUGUCAACAGUGUGGAUAUGGCAACAACAUUUAGAAAUCAGCUGAGAUCUUAUUAAUAAAACUGUCUGGAGGAUCUUUACUAAAUGUCUACAUGCGCACAAAAGGCCAAGAUGUCUGUACUUGUGUUCUUGUGAAACGUCAUCAGUCCGGGCCCAAGUACUGCUCCAAUUCCAAGUUUGCAUGAAGCCAAAUACACUUAACAACCCCGGAUGUGUUCUUGAUUCAGUCAUUUGAUCAAGGAUACAUCAGGAAGUGACUUGUGUGAACUUAUGACAGCCAAGUUUUCCUGAACUUCAAAUCUGUGGUCAGUUGGUAAAGAUAUUUAAAUUUCCUCUGACAAUUUUGGAUAUUUGAGUUCAAGUUGAUCAGCGGGUUGUCAGUGCCGUGUACACCGUUGAGGGCAGAUUCAUCUCUGCAAGUCCUUCUGAAAUUUGCCGCUGGCUCAGUGCAUCUGCUCUGCCCUUCAGUGUCUGAUGGUCAAACAUGAAAUAUUCCCUUUGGAUAUAUAUCUGGCAUUUUUUUGUCUCUCUAUUAUUCAUAUGAAGUCUGUUAUUUGUUGUUUUCAUUUUAACUGAUUUUAAAGUUAAGUUUCAUAACUUGAAUCACAUAUAUUUUCUAUAGAAUCUUAACACUGAAUCACUGCCUUUGUACUUUAACCUUUUUUCCUUGUAUUUACUAUAUGUUGUACAAAAUUGUUACUUUUAUAAUAAACGUGUGUGUGGUCACGUUGCAGUGAGAUUUUGGCAUUUUAUUGUGGUCUUGUGUAUUGCGGCAAAUAGUAUGCCACACAGAACCGUUUGCCACUGAAUCUGCAUUAAUGACGACAGUGGGGUCUCUGACCUUAGUCAAACGGGUUGGCGUGUAUAUGGUCAGGUUGUGGUGAGAUUGUGGCAUUAGAGAUUGAGGUUAGGU